AUGGAUUAUAGAGGCAUUAACAAUCACGAGGAAGCAGCAAACAUGAUGGACCUUACCCUCAAACUUGGCUUACCAAAUGAAAAUAACAAUCAAUCUCAGAUUUGGCAAGAUGGUAAUGUUGUCCCCACAACCCCUUGUCUUGCCAACUUUUGCUUCCCCGGUCCUUACACUGCUCUUCUUCAGGGAGAAUCAAACAGCUAUGGGAUGAGCAGUGGAGGUGGCCAAGUCGCUACCGGAGGAAAUCCUGAAAUGACAAACGUAGGAGGAUCAAGCAACCCUAAUGGCGGGCAGAACUUCAUUAAUGCAAACCAAGAAGUAGCAUGGCCAGAACAAGAGGCAGAGAUGCGAGAUUUAAAUUCUUCAUUGGUGGACCCUGCUUUCAAUCCAAUGCCUGGCUUGAGCUUUAUGAAUAGCAACACAGUCCUGGAUAGCUCUUCAAGGAAGGUGAAGGAUGAUGGAGAUGAGAGUGGAAACUCUUCUGCAGGGAAACAAGUCUCAAGAAGACAGCGUUAUGGAAGCUUUGUUGAGCCUAACAAGAGGUGCACCAACAACAACUGCAACACCACUGAUACUCCUAUGUGGCGCAAAGGUCCCCUUGGCCCCAAGAUUUAA